AUGUCCCAGUUUUCUGACGCAUUCUCAUCUACUUAUGAGGGUCCACCCUCAGAUUUUCUUGAAUACAGUGCUGAUGAUGGUCCAGGUCUAAAUCAGCUCUACUCCCCUAUCCCAUCUGGAAAUCAAGAUACCUCCCUUCCGUCGUCUGAGCUUCGAGCGGCACCUGAUUGUCUUCAUCGAAUUUGCCCGGUCCGGAUUAGAUCAUUCAUCAUGUACUCCCCGGAAAUGGGCAACGAAUUCGUGCAGUGGUGGCUUCAGACCGAUUUUGGGAAAAAGAGACAGAUAUCUUGGGAUGCGAAACGAGCUGCAAACUGCUGGAAAAACUUUGAUCAAGUAGCGUUUGAAAAAGAUAGAAAGCCUGGGGUGAUGUGCCAUCAAUGUCGGAAGGUACUUGAUCACCCUGCGUCGGCUCACUCAGGGACAUCUUCAAUGAACAAGCAUUACAAUGGGAUAAAUUGCCGGAGAGUUGCCUCAGCUGCAGGAAAGAAACCAAACAUCAAGCUUGCGUUAGAGCAUGCGGCGCAGAAUGCGACGGUACGAAGAUUCGAUGAGCGAGUUUGGCAGCAGAAGCUUGCUCAGCUCCUCACUGUAUCGCAUCUUCCCUUUCUUUUUCUCGAGCACACCGAGUUCCGUGAUUUGAUCUCCUACGCCCGGCUGGCACCAUCAAUGCCAGAAAUUCCUUCUGCCAAGGUUAUGCGCCGGCAGCUUCGAGACCUCGUCCGUGAGAACCAAAAGAGUAUCCUUCAGAAACUCCCUUCUGGUGUGAAGCUAUCACUUGCCCUGGAUUGCUGGACAUCUCCAUUCCGACAGGCAUUUAUGGCGAUUACAGGAUACUUUCUCGACGAGAACUGGGAAUAUCAUGAGAUAUUACUAGGAUUUGAACACUUACAUGGAUCUCAUUCCGGCGCAAAUUUGAGUGUAGUGCUCCUCAAGCUGCUACAGGAGCAUCAGAUCACAGAUCGAGUGCUUGCGGUAACCACCGACAACGCUUCGAAUAACGUUAGUCUCAUGGCAAGUGUCCACGAGGCGAUUGAGUCACUACAAUCCUCGAACGAUGUCGUUAUCAUUCGGGUACCCUGUAUUGCACAUGUGAUCCAGCUGAGUCUCAAAGAUCUCCUUGGGAAGAUGAAGGCUGCUCCAAGGAUUGAUACGGCUGAGCAGACAUGGUCUGAUGAUCGGGUGGAUAGUCUUCGUGUGAGGCAGCAGAAACGCGAGAUCGUGGACACUUUGAAUAAGCCUUGCGAUUUAUAUCAACGCGAGUCCUCAGCGCCGAGAGUCAUUCUACAACUUGCAAACCAAGGAGCCAAAGCUUGUGCCAAUCCAGGAUGUUGCUACUCGGUGGAACUCCACGUUCUUAAUGCUUGUACGCGCAAAGAAACUCCAGCAGACCUUCUAUGCGUUCUGCUCUCAGUACGACCAAGAGCACUUUGCCUUGAGUCAGGAGCAGUGCGGCAAGUGGACUAUCUUAUCUGCAUUCUCCAGCCUUUUCACCGAUUCACGACCCUUCUCUCGAAGUCCAAGGAUGUCACCAUCCAUCGGGUCUUUAAGGUCUACAAUAAGCUGUUUGACCACCUGGAAAAGUCGAUUAGACAGCUUAGACGGAAGAGGGUCGCUUGGAAGCAGGUGAUGCUUGCAUCUCUCGAAGCGGCAAAGAACAAGCUCUCAAUCUACUACAAAGACACUGACAACAUGGAUGGUCAUCUCUACGCCAUUGGCACCAUCCUUUCUCCACAGGAUAAACUUCAGUUCUUCUCAACCGCAGACUGGGACCCAGAGGAAGGCGGAAUUGAUUACCGAGCAAUCUAUCGCCAGAGCCUUGAGUCCUCUCUCGAGAAGUACUCGGAGAAUCUUGCCCAGGAGCAGCAGAUAGUGGAUGCUCCCCCAACGAGUACGGCAAUGGAUGAAUUUGAUUUAGCCUGUGUUCGAGACGAGUCGCAGCAAUCUCAGAUUCGACAGCCAGUUCAGUCUGACGAGCUUACAAGGUAUCUUGACAGCAACACAGUCCCAAAUGCCCAACCUCGAACCUGGUGGAAAUAUCACCAAGAUGAAUUCCCUGGAAUGGCGAGGCUUGCACGAGAUGUUCUUUCUAUUCCAGCUAGUGGUGCAGGAGUAGAGCGGCUUUUCAACUCUGCACGAGAUAUCUGCCAUUAUCAUCUUAUGAUGUAUAUGUGUACAUCACGGUUCGAGAUUCAUGAAGAGGAGCGAAUAAUGCUCUCUGAAUAUCUUUCGACUCAGGAGAUACAGGCUGCAAAGGAAGAGAGAACUCAGCAACAAAUCACCGUUGAUCCAAUUAGUGAUGAUGAAGAGGAUGAAGGGCUUUCUUCUACAGAGCCCCAAGAAACUUUGCAAGGCCCAUCUGCAAAGGCACUUGGCAAAAGACGCCUAAGAGAUAUUGCCGAGGAUGCGGAAAGUGAUCAGGAGGGUGAUAGUGAGGUUACGUCUCUGCCAGAGACACAGUACCGAGUGUCAGGUAGAGUUCGCAAGCGUUCAAGGUUGCUUGAUGGAUAUGAGAUGUAG